AUGGAGCAGCGCGAGAGAUCCUUUUGGCAAAUAAGGUCUGAAUAUUUCAUGGUUGCGCCAGCAGAGAUCACGCACGAACUUUUCUUCGCCAAGACCAAACUAGAGCAAUCUGACCUUGUUUGGCAGGGGCUGUUUGUGGAGCGCUCGCCCAUUUCGGAGGCUUGCCAAGGGGUGAUUACGACUUUGCAGAGGUUAGGCUUGGAGAGGCAAGUUGCAGACAGAGAUUUGAGAGGCAUCCGAGCCUGGUUCGCUCAACAAUCCCUGGACGAGCACGUGGAGAAUAUCUUUCGCCUUGCCAAAGUGCGGUACGCUGUCAUGACGAACAUCCCUUACGUAGAGGAGGAGGCCCAGCACUGGCAACCAGAAGCGAAACCUGUGACGUCCCGCUUGCGCAAGGCUUUGCGAAUUGACAACUUUUUGAAGGGCGACUGGGCAUCCAUUUGCGAAGCCUUGAAGAAGGAAGGCUUGGAUGAGACCAUGGAUGGCGCCAAGGAAUACCUCAGAAAGUGGGCUGGCAUCUACAAGCCUGAGUACAUGAUGGCAUCAACGCCGCAUGACUGGAGAUAUCCGGAGCCAGCAGCAGCUGCUAGCAUGAAGCCUCUGGUGAAGGCCUACGCAGGCUUUGGUGCAUCAGAGCUUUUAGAGGAAGCGGUGGUGCCAGUUUGCGAGGAGCUAUCAUUGCCAAUUGCGCUGAAAUUGGGCGCGUGGCGUGGGAUGUCUCCUGAUUUGGAUCCCUGCUGUGGUGGGGAUGGCGUUGCCAGCGCAGAUGUGGCCUCCCUUCAGGCCUUGUGCGCCAAAUUUCCAAAGGUUAAGUUCUUGGUGACCGUUUUGAGCCGCGCCAAUCAGCAUGAGCUCACAGUGGUCUGCCAGAAGACCCGGAACUUGCACCUCUAUGGCUGCUGGUGGUACUGCAACAAUCCAUCCAUUAUUGAGGAGCUGACCAAAAUGCGAACAGAGAUGCUGGGAACUGCAUACACCGCCCAGCAUAGUGACUGCCGGGUAUUGGAGCAACUGCUCUACAAAUGGGACCACUCUCGGCAGAUCAUCGGAGAAGCCCUGGUGCCCUACUAUCAGCGCCUUCUGAGGAAAGGCUGGCGCCUCACUCGAGAGGAGCUCAGACGCGACUUGCAGCUGCUGCUGGGCGGCUCCUACGAGGCAUUCAUGGCCCGGUGA